AUGAAGUAUUUAAUUGGCUCCUUAUUAAUUUCCUUUCUAUUUAUUUCUAAUUAUUUUAAUAGCACCUAAUUUUAAUCAUCUGAUUUUGAGAAUUGGUAAAAAUAAUAUGGAUAUUUUAAUACAUAAUAUGAGAGAUAAUAUAGAGAAAUGAUAUACAAUUAAAAUAAAAAGUUAAUAUAAGAACAUAAUAGCAAAUAGAACAUUACAUACAGAAUGUAGGAGAACUAAUUUAUGACUUUAACUCAUGAGGAAUUUGUAGGAAUCUACUUAAGUGAAGUAAAGGAGUCUAUUUAAGAAAUGACAAUAUUAAAUUAAGAUUUAUAUAAUCCAUUGUAAGCAGUAGAUUGGAGAAAUUACACAACAGUUUAUAAUUAAGGGUCUUGUGCUGCUGGAUGGGCAUUUUCAGUGGGUAGUUCUAUUGAAUCAUGGUUUUAUAUAAGAGGUGGUGGAUAAAAUAUUUCUGUAUCAGUUUAGCAACUAGUUGACUGUGAGAAAAAUUCAUCAGGAUGUAAUGGAGGCAUUAACACUCAAGCUAUGUUAUAUGCUUUAAAAGAUGGACUAUAUAAUUCUCAAAAUUAUCCUUAUGUUGGUACUCAAUUAGCAUGUAAAGCAACAAAGAGUGGUACAUAUUUUAUAAAUAAUUACACAUUUGUUGGAGGAUCAUCAUAAUCAUUACAAAGUUCCUUAUAAAAUUAUCCUGUUUCUGUUGGUUUGGAUGCAACAAAUUGGUAAUUUUAUAGUACAGGAUUGUUUUCAAAUUGUUCUGAAAAUUUAAUUAAUCAUUAUGCACUUGCCAUAGGGUUUGAUUCAAACAACAAUUGGGUUGUUUAGAAUUCAUUCGGAACAGGUUGGGGUGAGAAUGGAAUUAUUAAACUACUACCUAAUAAUACCUGUGGAAUAUUAAAUCAAGCCUAUCAAAUAUAUUGAA